AUAGCCGCCGGCGGGCAGCCUAGCAGCGGUGGCAGCGCGCGACAGAGCAGACGCGACCCGCUUCCGCGAGAGCCCGCGCACCGGGCGCCGACCGAGCCAGCGUCCACCGAGCGGCCAGCCAGCGGUCUUGGAGCCGAGCGACAGCUCGGCGCGGCCCGGCAGACCACCAGCAGCCGACCGGAGGCCGGAGCAGACCCGCAGGUGAGCCGCCGCACCGGGGCAGAGCUGGGAGAACCGCACAGGAUGUUGGUCGAGGGCUGUCUACCUGUGAUCCUGAUGAUAGCCGUGCUGUCCGGGCGGCAACACCUGGUCAGGGCCGACCAGGAGCACUUCAUCAGUAGCGCGCGCGUCGGACCCCUGUUCGAGGACUUUGAGCCAGACCUGUACGAUUACGAGGACAAGCGGGCGCUCGACUAUGGUCACCUGCGCUUCGGCAAGCGGACGGCGAGCCUCGCGUCCGCCAGCGAGCCCGGCGAACAGCUCGCCGACGCCAAACGCAACCCCGACUACGGCAUGAUGAAGUUUGGCCGGCGCUCCCCGGAUUACGGCUUCAUGAAGUUCGGUCGACGCUCGCCAGACUACGGCUUCAUGAAGUUCGGAAAGAGGCGAGCGGCAAAAUCGGCCGGUAGGAGCUGAGCGGAUCCGCCGGGCCGGGCUGGGCGAACGAGGGGCGAACGAUGGGAAAAGGAGGGACAAUACAGGGACAUUGGAUGCAAGACAGAAACAAACGGAACCACCAUCGACCACAACCGAGACUGACGGAUUCAACGAACCACCGACAGGACAUCAGGAGGUCGGCUGAAGGACGAUGCGCCACCUCAGGGAGAUGGGCGAGUCGAGCUCUGUAGUCGCCGCGCGGUCAUCCGCACAGGUCCGGACUGAUGGCGCGAGGUCGUGACUGCGGUGUCGGGUUGGGUCUGGUGAUGGAGGUGCCGCUCCGGAAUGAUUGCCGAGGGGGUGCCGAGGCGGCCCAAAAUGAGCCAAGUCGAGCGGCGAUCGGUCUGGUGAGCUGUGCCGAAUGUCCGCGAAUCGUUUUCCAUGAUAGCGCACUGUGCCCGGACUGAUCCGUGUGACGUCUUCUAGUAUGUUCCCGCAGCAUACCAAAUACGUUUGCAGCAUAUAAAAGUGGCCAUCAACUGGCAGACCUUUCGACGAUGAGCUCAUGUACCAAAGCACGACCAUGUGAUCCGUCGGACACAGGUUAUCCAACGCCCCUGCUUAAAACACUGAGAACUGGCACGAAAUAGGCGUGCUCGCAUCAGCUCAACGUCUUUCAGUGAAGCUCUUUUUACGUUAAUGCUGGAGCAGGCAGACUCGUGAGACAAUUAAUACAUCAAGCGAACGAAAAACAAGCUACUAGGGUUUGACUUGUAGCUAAAUACCUUGCAGAUGUAUGUAGUUCAAUACCUGUAAACGAGACUUCGAUACCAAUGAUCCCGCACUCAAAAUUCAUGAACUACGCUAGCUAGUGAAACCUUAGUUAGGCCAAUUGGUAAACAGCUGCACCAUGUCCCAUAAAGGCGGCACGCUGGUAGGCAGCUGUGUCGCCGCUGCAAAUUGCCAAGGCGUGUGCAAACUUGGGUUUAAAAGAGCAACGUUUGCCAAUAUCGAUCAGAUCAUUUAUGUGUGGUGUUGACAGUCGAAUGUGUACAUACCUGUCUUUUGACAAAACGGUCACCAUUCGCUUGUCUGCGAACAGGACCUAGACUCCGGCGAUGCUUGGGCUUGAAGGGACAACGUUUUAAAUGGGUAGGUUUCGAGCGAUCGGCAUCAUCUUUGCAAUGUUUUGAGUAUGAGCGACAUUGUGUUACGUUUGAGAGACGGCAGAAGCGUAUCGGUAACGGAGUUGCGAUGGAUCAGAGGCUGGCCAUGGCCACUCCGUUACAAUGAUCUGCCUCGACGGCCCACCACUACCGCCAUACCAAUCUUGGCGCUACCGGAUGUUUCUCUAUUUCAUCAGUCGCUCAGCCGCGAAAAACGCGGCACAGCCGCAGCACUGACAUCCGAAACCAGUCGGAAAUGCACUGUUCAAUCAGCGCCUUCGAUCUCGAGAGCUAUCACGUUACAGAACUUACAGAAGCCAUCUACGCAUGAGCUUUACAACCACGGCGACCUGUGUCGCUCCCACGUAAAGUCGCCUUCUCCUUAUGCCACCAAUGUAUAUCUCACUUCUACUUGACCGCGCAUCAGGCGCCGGCCCUGCUCGGUGGGCUGGCGCCGGGCUCGUCAUACUGAGGUCCAGUGACGUCAUACUGAGGUCCUGUGACGUCACUGGAGCGCUGCCGGCCGCGCGCGGCGUGCGGGGAGUGUGUGGCUGGGCUCUCCGCCGCCCGAGCUGCCGGCCACGUUUGUUCAAAGUGCUGUAUGGUUGAAAGCCGAAUAUAUAACAGUUAUGCAGUUGU